AACGGUCAAAUGUUUACUUCAUCUGUUCGGUAUAUGGGAGGAGGGAGGCUAUCCAAAACAUUAUGCACGUAAAAUCACCUUUGUUGUUAUCUACAUCAUUUUCAAUACGACUUGUUUCCUUGGUUUCUACAGCGAGAUUUUUAACGGAAAUCUCGAAGUUAUUUGUUCGAAAAUGGCAAUGUUAACAGUUGGUGGCUAUGCGAGUACAGUAAUACUGGUCCAUAAUAAGGAGACAUAUCAGAAAUGGUUGGAUCAAUUAUUCAAAAAUGAACAGUUCAUGUAUAACCAUCCAAAUCCGAAAAUUAGAAGAGUUCAUCGAUCUACCAUCAAAACUAUUUGGCCAGCACUUCUCUUCAAAAUGAACCAAUGGGCGCUUGGUACUGCUGUUAUUAUCUUUGUCAUCAUGAUAUUCGUUUUUAUAAACAAAUUGAAGCACAUCGAUGAAUGUUCUGUGGAGGAGGAUUGUAAUAUGGUUCUUAUGGGAUAUUACUAUUUCCCCUGGGAUACUAAUAAAUAUUACUGGGUGGCCAACAUGGAAGAUGCAGUAUUUGGUGGAUUAUGUGGAAUAUUUGCUAUUACGAGAGAUAUGUUUCUCGCAUCAUACAUUUGCUAUUUGAUAUGUAGACUAAGACUUCUGUCAUAUAUAGUCAGGAAUCUGAAGGAAUUUGCGGUUGAAGAAAUCGAUAGUUUUAAGAAAUUCGAUGAAAAAAUCGAUUAUCUCCUGAGGCUGUGUGUUAGGGAACAUCAAGAUAUCAUAAGGGAAUUCUUUGUACUGCGAGAAAAUUCAUCGAAGAUGUUCUUGGUUAUGUUGAUAGUACAUGCUCCUGCAGUAGCAAACAUUACACUUACGAUAUUCAAAGGAGACAGCACAAGCACUUUCGCACUCUUCGUUUAUUGUGCCGCUUUUUAUGGAUGUACCCACCUUUAUCUAAUACUUUCGUUAUCUGAACAAUUAUCUUCAGAGUGUCUUUUUUUGGCAGAAUCCAUACAUUUUCUGAAAUGGUAUGAAAUGAAUGUCAAACAUCAAAAAAUUCUCAAAUUCAUUCUGAUGAGAGCUCAAAAACCAUUUGUUCUUACUUGUGGAGCUUUAUUUCCUGCCAAUUUGAGCGUAUUCACCAAGACCAUGAGGGCUAUAUACACAAUAUUGAAUGCCUUCAUCAAUUUGAGUCAAUAAAUGGGAAAUAAUACAAUAUAUGUGAAAUAGGUAUUGUAUGUACCGACCUACACUGAAAAUAAUACGAAAAUAAAUUGCAGUAUCCAA